AUGGAUCGAUGGUUAAAAACGGGUCGUUUAGAAACGAGACAUGAUAAUCGAGAUGAUAGUACUGAAAGCUGUAGUGAGGUACCGUUUCACCAGACGAAAACAAAGGAAAUGAUGAUAGAAAAGGGAAAAAGCGAAAAUAUGACAGCGACUAUCUACAAUUGGGUUUUCAUUUUACUGGGGAUGAGUCGGAACCUAAACCGCUUUGUGUUAUAUGUAACGAAGGUUCUUGCCAACAGCAGUUUAAAACCAUCACUUCUUCGUAGACAUAUUGAAACAAAACAUCCAACACACAAAGAUAAACCUCUUGAAUAUUUCAAAAGAAAAUUAGCAGAUAUCAAAAAGUGUAGCCUUUCUUCUUUCUUGACUUCAAACGAAGAUAGUAAAAUGGCCCUUAAAGCAUCAUUUCGAGUAAGUUAUAGAAUUGCAAGAUUUAGACAAGCGCAUACAAUAGCAGAAAAUUUAAUUGGGCCAUGUGCGAAAGAUAUCGCCAAAUGUAUGCUUGGGGAAAAGGCAGCAAAGAAAAUUGAGCUAGUUCCCUUAUCAAACAACACGGUGUCGCAUAGAAUUAAUGACUUGGCUAAUUAUGUGGAGAACGAACUUCUAAAAAGAAUAAAAUUGAAUUAUUUUGCAAUUCAACUUGACGAAUCGACGGAUGUAACAAAUGCCGCAGUCUUGCUUGUCUACAUUAGAUAUCUUUUUACGAAUAUUGUUCAAGAAGAUGUACUAUUUGCAAAACCUUUGAAAACCUACACAACUGGAGAAGCGAUUUUCGAUAUGAUCAAUGGGUAUUUUGAAAAGAAUGGAAUAAGCUGGUCUUAUUGUGUGGGUGUGUGUACAGAUGGUGCAAAAUCAAUGACAGGAAAAUUUUCUGGUUUUGUGGCACAGGUGAAGAAGAUCAACGAGAAAAUUCAAUGGACUCAUUGUUGUAUUCAUAGACAAGCUUUAGUAUGUAAGCGUAUUCCUGCAGAGUUAUCUACUACUUUAAGUGAUGCUGUGAAAAUUGUGAACUUUAUAAAAUUGCAUGCUACAAAUUGCCGUCUAUUCCAUACGCUUUGUGAGGAUUUUGGAAGUUUCCACAUUUCUUUACUACUUCACACAGAAGUUAGAUGGCUUUCCCGUGGUAAAGUUUUGACGCGUUUGUUUGAAUUGAAGUCUGAAGUUCAAGCAUUUUUUAUUGAUCAUGCCUUUCAUUUGUCUCUUGUAUUUGUCUUCUUGUAUAUCCGAUGUUCUUUGGCUGCAAAAACUUGCGUAUUUAGCUGA